AUGUUCCAUCGAACUAAAGAACAAAUGUCAAUCUACAUUACCAAAUUAUUUGAAGUUGAUACUCAAAUGAGAAGUCAACUGACAAAACUAUUACCGAAUAUUCGUAGUGGUUCUAUGAAAGAAAUAGAUCUCACUAAUCUGUUGAAUAAUUGUGAUUUAUCUCUAACCAACAAACGAAGUAUAGAUGAAUGGAUUCAAUUGAAAACAAAAGAAAUAAAUGAAUUAUAUAAUUUUCAAAAAGAUUUAGAAAAACAAUCUCAUAUUUGCCUAUUAACAUGUUCAUUUGUUGAAGUUCAAAAACAAUUUACUAGUAAAUUUAUUCUUCGUUUAAUUUUUCAUCGAACAGAAAAAAGUGAUUCAUCUUCCAUGAAAAUAUUUCAGUGUUUUGAUGACAAAGUUAAAAAUUCCACAAAUCAAUAUACAAAAACUGGUUCUUGGUUCAAUGAAAAUAAUAUUAAAACAAUUAAAAAGCAAAUUUUAUCAUUUAUUCGAUUUGUUGAACUAAAUAGUUCUAAAACAAAUAUUAAAUUUAUUGUUAAUGAAGAAUAUGCCGAUGAAUUUCAAAUGAAGAAAGGAGUAACAUGUAUUCUCUACCAAAAUGGUAUUCCAAUCGAUUUCGAAAUUCCAAGUGAACCAGGACAACCAUAUGCAACAAAUGUUUCAGAUCACAAUAAAGCAUGGAAAUUAUUGUUGACAACUGAUGAUGCUAUAUUAUCAGUGAAUAUUUCAGAUCUUAGCAAUGGUAGAUAUCAAUUCAAAAUACAAGGGGUGACUUUAGUGGGCGAUACACCUGAAAGUGAUGCUAGUGAUGAAAUAUCUGUAGCUGGCGCCGAUUCAUCCCCUCAUGUAGUGCCAGAAAACCAAGCAGUAUUGAAAAGAUAUUAUGAUAGUUUUCCGAACGUCGAUGACCUCGCUAAUACAACUAAUCCAGACGUGAAAAAAGCUGACGAGUUCACCAAAUCAAUACUUAAUACAAAACCAUCGGGGAAUGUGACUGACAGAAAUACUACAUGUCAUAUACUUAAUAAAUUAUUGGGUGGUGAAGAUCAACAAUGUUUAUUUUUUGAUUCUGCAAAUGGUAUUAAUCUUCAUGAUGUAUCGGGAAACUUAGCUGAUAUUGACUCUGAAGAUAGACCGUUCGUCUUGAAAUUAAAGAGUAGUGAAGGAUUAGGAGGCGACAAUACCUUUUUCGAUGCUCGUGGUGAUAAAACAUUUAACAGUGGACCACAGACUUAUGAAAUUGGUCCACCCGAACGUACCAAAACAUACACUUCACCCACUGGUUGGACCAGGUAUGGUCUAAAGGUCCUAGGUAAAAGCGAAUAUAAAAAUGAUGAUUGGCUGCAUCCAUUUCAACAUCCUGGUAAUUGGUAUAGAGCUUUCCAUGGUACAGGAAAUGCAACAAAAGUCGACUUUGGUAAUUCUAACGCAAAUUUCGAUCAAACUGCUGCACCCGUCGAUGCACUCGCAAACAUUUUUGUAGGAGAUAUGUUUGGAGCUGUUGAAUUAGAUACUGAACAAGGAAAGAAAAAGUUUAUGUGUAUGCUUCAAGUAGCAGUGAAUCCUGAUAGUGUUCAGUAUCCCACCAAUGAUAUAUGGGUUGCACCUAAGCCUCAAGAUAUUCGACCAUAUGGUAUACUUAUCAAAGAAGUUUGA